AUAAAUAGACCAUCCGUUGGCUCAUUAAUUACUUGCGUAUUUAAGGGAUCCGAAUAUUAAUCAAACUGAAAUGGCCAAUCGUAGCACCGUAUCGCCACCAACAAAUUCUAUUAUAAUUUGAUUAGCAUCCGCUAAUCGUUUAGAUCUUGUUAGUAAUGGAAGCCAAACGCGCUCUGUUAUUUUUCCUUUUUCAAGGGACCAUAUACAGCAGGAUUUUCGCUGCCGAUGAAGAUUCCACAUCUCAUUCAGGGUACUUCAUAACGUGGGAAGAUAAGCAGCUUACAGGACACGUUGUUCAAUGGUUUGAGUCUCCAAGUUUGAUGUCUUGCAGCCAGUCGUGUUUGAGAAACGCAUGGUGCAGUUCCACAAACUUCAAGGUGUCUUCCAAGAACGACAGCAAAAGAACGUGUGAACUCAACAAGCACGACAACACGCUGAUCAACGAAAACACCAAGUUAAAUGAUCAGCAGGGGGUUACAUUCUCAAUGCUUCUGAAGGGCUGUUUAAUGACAGGCUGUGCAAAGGGUGGUUCUUGUGUGUCCAACGAGGAAAAACAAACCUAUUCGUGUUUGUGCAAAAAGCCAUGGGCUGGAGAAAAGUGUGAAGUGAAACUGGAUAUUGAUGACUGUGCAAGUAAGCCGUGUAAGAACAACGCGACGUGCACUGACCGAGUGAAUGGAUACAACUGCAGCUGCGCACCAGGUUUUAACGGGAGACUGUGUGAAUUAGAAGUUGGGAUGCCGUGUGUAAAAGCAUACCAAAUGAUAUUUCCAAGGAAAUCCGUUGAGAAUUACGCCAUCAAAAGAAAUGCAGUUGGAUCCAACCUCACCGCAUUCACAUUAUGCUUUUUCGUUAAACCGAGCUACACGGCCCCAUAUGAUGCGCAGUGCUUGUACAGCUAUGCAACCCCUGGAGUUGACAAUGCAAUAUACGUUUGCCUUACUUACCCGAAUAUCGACCUCCAUGUUGGAAAUGGAUACAAAAACCAUGUUCCCACUGGUGUCACGCUUGACAAAAACCGAUGGAAUCACAUUUGUUUUACUUGGGAAAACACGAACGGUGUGUGGCAGUUGUACAAGAAUGGCCAGCUCGUAGAAGAUGGAACAGGCUGGAAGACAAACUACGUGAUUCUAUCUGGGGGAACUGCUGUCAUCGGACAAGAUCAAGAUAGCGUGGGCGGAGGAUUCGUGAAGCUAGAUGCGUUUGGACCUGGUGAGGUCACAGAACUCAAUCUGUGGGAUAGCGUCCUUUCAGCGAGUGAUAUUGCUGCUCAGCACGCAAACUGUACCCUCACCACAGGAUUGGUACAUUCCUGGGCCCAGUUUAAAGACGGUGUUAAUGGUUCUGUGCAAGUAGAGCAGCCUUGAUCCAAACUGACAUGGAUCCAGAUAUCUAAUUCUAAGGGUGCAUUCCUUUGGGAUGAUCUGGAUCAGGAUCAGUAAUCCAAGGUCACUUGGAUCAUGGAACAUCAGAGGAACCGAUGAAUCCACUCUGGAGGAACCGAUGAAUCCACUCUGGUCA